CUUUCGAGAAAAUAGAAUGUGCGUUGUAUCUUUUGAAACGGGUUUGGAUAGUUUUAGUUUUGUAAAGUUUAUUCCGGACGGCCUGCUCACUUCUGCUUAACGACGUUCCUUACGAGAAUAUGUUUCGGUCGAACCUAUUUUUCGUCGGAUUCCUUGGCUAGUCAACUUUCACAUCUGCCGAAAUUCAUACUGUCUUUCCCAAUUCUCGACUUCCUAACCGACCGCAACUAAGCAGGCAGUAGAAUUCUUUGCUUUGCAGGAAUAGUAAAUAACAAGAUGCUAUUCCGGUUAGCGAUUCUUUUGCAAUUGUUUGUAGGUAUAUUUGCACAUGCCAAUGAGUACAGAUCUGGAGAUGAACUUGCAAUUUUGGUAGGACAUACUAGUUCUACAAAAAGUCCUUUUACAUACACAUACUAUGACCUGCCUUUCGUCUGUCCGUUUGGUUCCACAAAGGCAAGCCACCGUUCUUCUUUGGGCGAUGUUUUGAUGGACAAUCGUUUUUCGUCGACGAACUUUCAGAUUCGCAUGUUGCAGGAUGUAUCUUGUAAGAAUCUUUGUGAACUAAAGCUCUCAGAUGAGGGCAAAGGUUCAGCAAAAGAGUACAUUGAGAAUGAAUACAAGAUCAAUUGGAGUCUUGAUGAUUUACCUGCUGCUCUUAAACCCGCCGUCACCGGAAAAGACGUGCGCUAUGUUAGUGGAAUUCCAUUUGGCAACAUCUCUUAUGGUAAGGUUUUUCUGUAUAAUCACUUUGACUUUAUCAUUCGAUACCGUCCUGCUUCUCUGAUCCAGUCCGACAAAUGGCAGAUUGUUGGUUUCGAAGUCCUUCCAAUCUCCCAGGCUGAUGCAACGUGUCCAGACGCAUACUUGACGGACAACAAGGAUGUUUCUGGAAACGAGUAUGUGCUUGAUUCCCAAGUUUCGGACGUACAAUACUCAUAUUCUGUACGUUUUGUAUUGGAUGAACAAACAACCUGGGGACAGAGAAUGAAAAAGUAUGUAACUUACACAUCAUUGUAUGAUCGUAAAUACGGUUUUAUGAACGCCAUUAUUAUUAUUUUUCUGCUCUCAACUUUUGUUACAGGGAUUGUGAGUCAGCAACUAUUUACCAAGAAGUACGAGAACUACGAACAACUUCAGGAAGAAGGUCUCGAAUCUGAAGAUUCUGAUACCUGGAAACUGGUUAAGACAGAUGUUUUUCGCCCACCCGCGCACCCGCGUCUCUUUUCUGCUCUGUUCGGAGCAGGUUGCCAAUUUGCUGCCAUGUGCAUGUUUUUAGUUCUUCUUGGCUUCUUGGGAUGGGCGCAAAAAAAGGCUUCUGUUGUCAAUAGCGCUAUAGCAUUGUACGUCUUAACAGGUGUUUUUGCUGGAUACUUUUCUCAGUCCCUGUAUCACUCUUUUGGCACUGAUAAAGAAUGGAAAAAGGUGGGAGUUCUGACCGCGUCAUUGGUUCCGUUCCUCGUAUCCUUUUUUGGCAUGGUAAUUAACUUCUUCUUCUUCGUUUCUUCCUCCUCGCGCGUAAUCCCUUUUUCCACUAUAUUGGGUUUGUUAGCCCUUUGGGUGCUGAUUAAUGCUCCGUUGGUUUUUGUUGGCUCGGCAAUUGCACUUCGUUGGCCGAUAUUUGAACAAACAAUUGUUAAUAGUCAAGUUUCGCGGUCAAUCCCUCGCCAACCCUGGUAUCUGAAAUUCCCCUACAACGUUCUGUUUUCGGGUUGUCUUCCGUUCUGUUCUAUAUUCGUUGAAGUGUGCAACCUGCUCGCAAUCACUUGGAAGGAGAACAAUGCCUUUUUCUUCUUUUUUGAUUAUCUGUUUGGAAUGAUAGUUGUGAUUACACUUACCAUUUCGUUGACCGCUAUCAUAUCCGUAUAUACGCUGCUGCAAUCGGAGAACUAUCACUGGUGGUGGCAUAGUCUGUUAAUAGGAGCAAGCCCUGCUAUUUAUCUUCUGUUAUAUGCCAUUUACUUUUACUUCCAGAACCUUAGAACAUAUUCAUGGAAUGGUGUCAUCGUCUACUAUGGCAAUUGUGCAAUUGGAAUUUGCAUAUUCGUCUUAUAUACAAGCACCGUCUCUUUCUUGUCCUCUUUACUCUUCGUAAAGACAUUGUUUAAAUCUAUCAAGUCGGACUAA